AAUGACACGUGGUACAAGAAAAACCUGAAGGCCCUCUAUGUGGUACAUCCCACCAACUUCAUUAAAAUUCUGUGGACCAUUUUCAAGCCCCUCAUCAGCCAUAAGUUUGGGAAAAAGGUGACCUAUUUCAACUACCUAAGUGAGUUAAGAGAGCAUCUCAAGUAUGACCAUCUGAUGAUUCCUCCUGAGGUUAUUCGACAUGAUGAGAAGUUGCAGAACAUAAGACUGGGCCGCCCGACACCCUUGGUGAAGAUGCCGCCACCCUGCCCUCCACUGCCCACCCAACAAUUUGGUGUUAGCCUAAAAUACAUCAGAGACAAAAAUAAAGGUGAGCUCAUCCCGCCGGUCAUGAAGGAGACUGUGACCUACCUGAAAGCCAAAGGCCUCCACUCUGAGGGCCUCUUCCGAAGGUCAGCCAGCGUCCAGACCAUUAAGGAGAUCCAGAGACUGUAUAACCAAGGAAAGCCUGUGAAUUUUGAUGACUACAAUGAUAUCCACAUCCCAGCGGUUAUCCUGAAGACAUUCCUUCAAGAGCUUCCUCAGCCACUGCUGACCUUUGAAACCUAUGAACAGAUCCUGGCAAUCACCAGCAUAGAGAGCAGCCUGUGGGUGACUUGCUGCAAGGAGAUUAUUGGGAGCCUUCCGGAACACAAUUAUGCCAUUCUUAAGUACCUCAUGGACUUUCUACACAUGGUUUCCCAAGAGUGCAUCUUUAACAAAAUGACAAGCUCCAACCUGGCCUGUGUCUUUGGGCUGAACUUAAUCUGGCCAACCAGCAGAGGCUCUUCCCUCAAUGCCCUGGUGCCUCUUAACCUGUUCACAGAACUGAUGAUUGAUUUCUAUGACAACAUCUUCAGCUCUCGGGAGGUGCCUUGUGGGAUCUCACCCUAAACUGACGAUGCCAGGAAAUGCUUGGAC